UGCUAAUGAGACGCCUCCAUUCAUGCGCGUGCAGAGUCCGUAGUAAGACAUGCGCAGUGCGGAGGAAUAAAACGGACGGAAUUUCAAAGUUUCCGACGGUUUAACCAGAGAUGUUUGGAUUUCACAAAUCCAAGAUUUAUCGUAGCCAUGAAGGCUGCUGCAUUUGCAAAACCAAGUCUUCCAGUUCCCGGUUCACAGACAGCAGCAGAUAUGAGGAAACCUUCCGUCUCUGCUUCGGUUUAUCUGAAGACAGAGUCGGAGACAUCUGCAAUGCUUGUGUACUGCUCGUGAAGAGGUGGAAAAAGUUACCACAUGGAUCGAAGAAGAACUGGAGUCAUGUUGUGGAUGCGAGAGCAGGGCCUGGCUUUAAACUGACAAAACCCAAAAAAGUAAAGAAUAUUGAUGGAAAGAAGAAAAACAAGCUGAAGAAGCUGCAGAAGUUUAAACGGCAAAAUUCAGAUGCUCACAGCACUACAUCUAGCAUGUCUCCCUCUCAGUCUCCCAGCCACAGCAACCAGUCAGAUGACGGUUCAGACGUUGAGACCAAGCAGAGGCGUCCAACUCCAGCAGGCUUCUCGUUUCUUGACCUUUCCUACUGGAAAAGGCAGAAAGUGUGCUGUGGCAUCGUGUACAAAGGGCGUUUCGGUGAAGUCAUCAUCGACCCUCGCCUUUUCAAGCCCUGCUGUGGCCCCAAGCAGCCGCCAGCAGUGACGUUGCCUGCUGCGGAUUCUCCAUGCGUUGCUGACACACUGCCGUCUCCACUCGCAGAGGACUUAAAGGAGACCUGGUGACCUCGUUGCACCUUCGAGCCUGUCCUCGAGGCUCAGUUGCUUUGUCUCCAGUGGCAGACUAUCAUUCAUUCCUGACUGUAUAAAUGCUGAUUUCUGCUUAUUUUGUUCAUUUGUUAUAGCGAGUUCUCUCUCUUUUUUUUUUUUUUUUUUUUUUUAAGGAAAAAAAAAACACAAUUGAAAAUUAAGGGCAUUAGUAAAUUUUCCUAGAACCAGGAUUGAGUUAGACGGUUUAAGACCUGUAAUCUUGUUUGUUUUUUUAAUUAUAUUUUUAUAUACAUAUUUUUGGCACUGUAAAAUACUUUUUUUUUUUUUUUUUGUAGUGCUUGUAAAAAAAAUUUUUUUUCAAUUCCAGUGCACCAAAAGCCUCCUAUCUGGCUCCUAGUUUCCUUUGUGUAAAUCGAGUUAUUAUAAAUUUUCAUAAAUAUGGCAUAUUGAUGUGUUCCAGGCAUUGUUCAGUGUGUUGAUGAAAUGGUUCGAAUCUUUAAACAAAUCAGCUCUGCUGAUCAAAUGUGUUGCUAGAGCAUUCGGUUUUAUAACAGUGUUUUAGUUGGCAAGGUUGAAUGGGCUGAAUUAAUAGUUGAAAAAUGAAUAUAGCUCAAUUUAUGUCCGCGAAAUGCAUGCAUGUCUGUUAAUCUCUUAUUCCUGGUUGCUAUCGUCACAAGACCACAAAAUGCAGGAGACAAAUCAUUUAUCGGUUUAUCCAAAAAGAAAAGUGCAUGCUAAUACUGAUAUUCACAAAAUAUUUAUUAUAGCAUGCUAUUUCAGCAUGAGUUAAAUGCAUCUUGGUUUAAAUGGCUUAAUGUUCAGUGUAGUAGUGUGUUUUUAU